AUGGGGAGAGGAAGGGGGGGGGAGGGGGAGGAGGGGGAUGUGGAAGUGUGGGUGGCUGGGCAGGAUGAAGCAGAGGGGGAUGGCGGAGAGGUGGAAGGGGAGAGGGAGUGGGGGGAUGCGCGGGAGAGGGGGGAGGGGGAAUGGGAGGAGGGGGGAGAGGGGGACGAGGGGGAUGUGGAGGUAUGGGUGGCUGGGCAGGAUGAUGCGGAGGGGGAUGGGGAGGGAGGAGAAGGAGAGAUGGAAGGAGGGGUGGAAGGGGAAGGAGGGUGGGGGGAGGAGGCAGGAGAGGGCGAGGAAGCAGGAGAAGGAGAGGAGGCGGGGGAAGAGGCGGGGGAGGAAGGCGGGGAGGCGGAGGGAGAGUACCCUGGGUGGGCGAGUGAGGCACUGCUAUCGUUUCUGGAGGAGCAGGGCGAGAGUGUGAAGGAGCCUCUGUACUGGUCGGCUGUGAAAAAGAUUGUUGCAGGAUAUAUCCAAGCCAACGGACUGCAGAAGGGCAAAUGGAUCACAUGCGACGAUGCGUUACAAGCUCUCUGCGAUACCGAUAGAAGCACGCAGGCUCAGUUCUACUACACUCUCGCCACGCACUACCCCGUUAAGAGCUCUAUAAAAGUGCCUAGGCGGCUGCUGAAGCGGCUAGCAGAGGAAGAGGCUGCUAAGAUGGGAGGGGGGGAGAAGGGGAAGGGGAAGGGGAAGGGGGCGAGAGGAGGAGAGGAGGAAGGAGGAGAGGAGGAGGAGGAAGGGGGGGAUUUGGAGUGGGAAACAGCCACUGCUACAGCCGCCGCUACAGCUGCCGAACCCAACCACACCCGCUACUCCGAUCCAUUCGCCUCAGACCCAGACGUCCCUGAAGUGACCGACCCUUUCGCCCCCUCUGCCUUCCCCCCUGCUCCCCCGGCUCCCCCCCCGGGUCCUGAGUGUGGGUACGCGGCGGUGACGCUGGCAAAUCUGGGCGGGGUGUUUCUGAAGAGAAGGCAGCUGGAAGGGCUGCUGGCGGAUGAGGGGUUUGACCGCAAGGUGGUGGGCACGUUUGUGCGGAUCCGCGUCCCGGGACCAGCGAACCAGACUGAGGCGUGCUACCGCCUCGUGCGGGUCACAGGCUGCACGAGCCAGACGGACAUGUACCCCGUGGGCAAGGGGCUCACCAACAGGGUGUUGCUCAUCAUGAACCUCAAGACGCCAGAGGCCACGACUAUCGACCUGGUCUCUAAUUCUGACUUCACAGAGGAGGAGUGUCAGAAGUUGCGGCAGUACAUGAAGUGGGGGCUAGUGGAUCGACUCACUGUGGACGAGGUGGCAGCCAAGGAGAACGAGCUGCAUGAGCUCAAAGUGAACGAU